CGUUCACAGACGCUUCAUCAUUUCUUCUAACCUACAUAUAUAUGUAACCUACAUAUAUAUGUAACCUACAUAUCGGUUAGGUUACUUGAAUACUUCCAGGUACCUUAGCAGGUAGGUGGCCAACAUCAAACAUGUCAGAAUAUGAAGCUCGCCGGCUCGAGAAUAUCAAGCGUAACGAGGCCUUGGUGAAAGACAUUGGGCUUCAAAAUGAUAUAAAAGAAGAAAAGGGUUCAAAGCCGUCUGCAGUGAAGCGUCGCAAACCAGAGGCCAGUAAACCCACCAGGACAUCAGCACGAAUCGCAAACGCGUUAGUAAAUCCUGUAUAUAUCGACAAUACCCAGGAUGAGCCAAAUCCGUCGAAAAGGUUAAAACGUCUGCCUCGUAAAAGCCAAGCAUCAGCUCCUGGGUCCUCCCGUCCUCAGUCAUCGCCGAACCAAGACGCUAAGGCGUUGAUCGCCAAUUGGUCCUUGUGGACUCCUGUCGCGGGCCCUCCCGCCCGCGACCUACAAGGAGAUUACCACUUUGAUUCGCACCCUUCAUUUACCCCUAACAAGUCUCCCGAGGACAUAAUUCGCCAAGGCUCCUUUGGCGGCACUUAUUGGCGCCCAUUAUACUCGCAACAUCUUCGCACCACCAUCUCUGAAGACUGGACAGAACUUCCUUCGUCAUGGACCGCCGGCCUUGACGUGCAGAGGUAUCUCACGAGUAAAGCAUACGAUCCAGAAGUCAACAAAUACGGUGUAGCGUGCGGCCAGAGCAUCGAGGAAUGGGAGGCUGCGGGAUGGAUUGCGCAUGAGUAUGACGUGCGCGGCUGGUUCCAGUGGUACUGCCGAUUCUGGCUGGGUCGGCGUUGCGCAGAUGAUGACCGCCAAAUCAGUAGAUGGAGAAAAUGUGUCGGGGAGACGGGACGGUGGCGCAGGACUCUGCUCAAAAAGUAUGUGCAGAAGGGGAUACGGAGCGUGAUUGAUGAAGGCGACGACGCAGACGAAGAAAGUGCAGGAGAUGUGAGUCCUGUCGUUCACCAGACUUGCCACCAUUGGGCCUGGGAGGUAAGACAGGAGGCCUUGGACCGAAUUUGGGAAGAGACACGAUAAUCGUCCACUAAGCAGCACAGAGGUCAUUGACGACUGAAGAAAACAUCAAAGUAAGCUAUGUACACUAAUCAAAAUGGGUACCUGGGCGGUUGGAAAUAGUAUAGAGAACGGGAUGCAAACGCGCAUUCACGAGUUCAAUCUCAUUCUUCAUAGCCCCAAGUGGAAAAGCUACUUGCCGACCACCCGUUGUUCACAUCAUACUCGUUCAAGGACGUUGUCCCCAGGAGAGGCUCAUAAUUGUUCAUCAACCCGCAGCCCAAGGUCGAAUUACCAUCGCACUC